GAUUCGACACUUUAGGUAUCAAAUAGACUACAAACACAUUGACUUCAAUUGAAUGACACAUACAUUGACUUUCACUUAAUUAGUCAAUCGAUUAAUGGAUUGCAAUAAUCAACACAUAAUGUCAACCAAUGAGAGUGUCGUCAAUGCAUUCAAUCUGUCGGAUCAGAUCAUUAGCCGACUCUUUAACCACAAACCAUUCAUUUUCGGAGAAAUCAGAUUUAUUAUCAAAGAGUUUGAAGAUAAACGACAAGACAGGGAUAGGACAGCACUGAAUGAAUCAUUGCAACGGCUGAUGGAUAUCACUGACAAAGACAUAGACUCUGCCAUCGAUUGCUGCCAACAAUUAGAUAAUAAUCUCAACUCUCGUACCCAUAGUUUAGACCAAUUAAUGCAAGAGAUUCUUGAUUUAGAGUCAAAACAAGAGAGUCAUCGCAAGGAAGUGUUGUCCGCCAAUAGAGUGGACAGAAAUGUCGAUUUGAUGUCUUUGAUUGAGACCUAUAACUCAAAGAUCAAUGACAUCGACGGACAGUUCGAUGAACAGGAAAAACAACUAACACUUGAAUACAAACUCUUGGAAACCAAACUCAAUAUUAUUCCCAACAAUUGCAAUGAAUCGUCAAAUGUGUGCCAAAAUAUAAAUUAAUUUUUUAUCAUUUACCAGAUUAUGUGAAUUUUUAUCAAAUUUUAAUUAUUAAUUGAUAUACAAUUGAGUUUAAAGAGACCUUAAAAUUUAAAUUGUUUUUAUUGUACAUAAAAAUUUGAUUUAUAGUAAAUUAUAAUAAUUAUUG